AGCUUCUUUUCGAACGACCAUACGCACUAUUAGUUGGUAGGAAAAAAAACAAAAGUCGUAGACCCCACCGAUCCUUCCUUCUUGAAACACAGUGGUCAGUAGGGUUCUAUCUCUUGUUUACAGUGCUUCACCGCGGUCCCAUUGCAAGCAUUUGGUCGGAAAGCAAGUACCUAAGAAGAUAUUUUCUACACCAAUAUUUGUUUUGUCGUGGAAUUUGUUCGAGCACUAGAUCGUUCUUUUUUGCAUGUUAUCGCAAAUUCUGAACAAGAACUACAAUUUGUCGAUAUUGAAGCAAGAAGUCAGGUUGUUUUCCUCUGUAGAUAAAACGUACAACCUUUUAUGCACUACCGCACUGUUUCUCUUUUUUAUCCUCUGUCUUCUACUCACGCUCUUCUAUUUUUUCCUCUAGAAAUAUAAACCCACAAAAAUAUACAUCCGAAAUACAUAGUAAUAGUUAGUAUUCCUUGAUAAACACGGAGCGAAAUCUUGACUUCUGUCUACUGUUGCUAGACUCCCUCGGUCAGAUUUGUUCGUACUUUUUUUCGACUUCAUAAAUUUAGAAAAUUUCUGUGGUUGAUUGCUUCUGUUUGCAAGAAGUCCACAUUACCAUAGGUCUCUACUACCUAAAGUCGGUUUUUACCAGAAGAUAGCUUUGUUUAUUGCUGGGGGGCAAUAGGACCAUACUUUUACUUUUCAAAUAAAGGUUUCUGCUAGACGAUUCCCAUAGCGCGGUCUUAUCCCGCCUGCUUUACGUCACAAACGUCAAGAAGUUCGUCGUCUUUCGUCUUGUUUUUUGGGCGUGAUAAUAAAUAUUCAGGCUGUGCUUCUAGGCAGGAAAAAGAGCGUGGCUGCACAAGCGUACGUUAUUGAAAACAAGCUCGGGAUAGUACUACACACUACAAACAGGGUAAAAGGGAUAAUCUACAACAAUAGGCUGAACCUGAAGAAAUAGCGUACCACUGAGAGAAUUUAUUAUCGAGAAAAAUCACAGAGAGCAGGAUAAGAAAGAAUUUAUUAUGGAGAAAUAUUAUGCCAACGAACAGAUUGGGCAGUCCAGCUCCUCGUGUGCCCGGGAUCUGAACAACGACCUGAACGACAACAUGGGUACGACAUCACAACCGGGCUUCCUGCAGCGCAUCAUCGGGAAGUGCCUGCACAGCCGGCAGUACCUGCCGCUCGGCCACGAUGCGGAGCAGCAGCGAGGGGGCGACGGAGACGUGUCUGCGGGGCACGUCGGGAGGUACAUCUCCCUCGCGAACAACGACCGGGCAAGCAAGUUCGCCUGCCACGUGCCGGCGAUCAUCACGUUCAGUUCAACGGCACUGUUUCUCUUCGCGCUCUUCUACUCCCAGGUGAUGUUCAUACAUCUCACGCUUUUCAUGGGCGCCUGGAUGUUCGGCUGGGUGAGUUACAUGGGCAUUUGCAGCUACUUCGGCGUCAAGAAGAUGCGAUACGAAUGCAGCCAGGACUGGGGCAAGCAGUGGGAGGAUUAUUUGGUACCAAUGGGCGAGUUAGUUUCAAUUUUAUGAUACUACGUACACUUUCAUGAUGACACAUUUGUCAGUAACUACAUACUUAGAUAGAUUUGGAUUGUUUGCGUAUGUGCGUGCAUGUGGGGGUUUUUACUCAUGUGCCAACUCGCAUUCCGAUCAAUCAACAGGCUCGCAAUCCGGGUUGCGACGAGGGUCUGCUGCAUUUCGUUAUUUUGCCAAAUUACGACGAAGAGGAGGAAAUGAUGUCGCAAACGAUUAACAACGUGGCCAACAACAAGCUCGCGAAAAAAUACAUGGUCGUUGUGCUCGCCAUGGAAGCACGAGAGGGCGAAGCAGGACAACAGAAAGCAAACAAGUAUAGCUAGACUGUAGUGUUUUUACUCAAUGGUUUGUCGUAGUCGUGCAGAAAAUUUGUUCUGUCGCGGGUUUGCAAUGCUCCCUACUAACCCGCGGAUGUCACAGUCAUGUCAGUCAUGAUUUAUGAAUAUACUUGCAAUUAUGGGACGCGAUAGAUACUUACAAGCAAUAAGCAAAAUCAACAACGAACCUCACAGCCUGAUCCAGAGACACCAGCACCUGUUCAAGGCCAUGUUUGCGACUUACCAUCCGGCAAGCAUCCCGGGCGAAGUGAAGGGGAAAUCCUCAAACACGCAGUGGGCUUACCGUGAAGUGCAAAGAUGGUAUGUUUUUCGUACCCAAGAAAAACUUCAGGCUAGUUCCAAAGCCAAGUGCAAGUAUGUAAAUCUCAAUGUUGCCGUUCCUGAAUACUAGGAGUCAGAUCUUCUUGCAGCGUCGGCGUCCGCAACUCCACGCCACGAGAGAAACUAACACACGAAACAAAAACAGGUAUGGAGCCCACGUCUCUCGCGAAGGAGGGGAGCAGGAUGCGAGCAAGGUUUUCUUGACGGUCGCGGAUGCCGACAGCAUCCACCACAAAGAGUACUUUGCCAAUUUGACGCUAAAGGCCAUGCCACUCUCAAGGGAAGAGCGAACCUGGACCAUGUGGCAGCCACCAAUACUGAACUGGAGAAACUGGGAAACGGUAUAAUGACAUCAGCUAGGCUUGUUUUUACUAGCAUCCAGCAUGAUCGGAAACUGACACGACCCCGGAACCGGAUCAAAAUCUCAAUGCAUUUUGUUUGUUCUUCCAUCUUCGCGUUUCCUAAAUCAAAUCGCAAACGACCAACACGCGGCCUCUUUUCAGGUUCCCGGUCCCGUCCGGACUUCCUCUUACGGGACCUUUCUGUUCGAAGUUUCCGGUCUGGUGUCCUCCCCGGUGAUUGACCACUUGGUCUUUUCGACCUACACACUCACGCUCGCGCUGGCCAACCACCCCAUCGUGGACGGGUGGGAUGCCGACGUGAUCGCGGAGGACCACCACAUGUACAUGAAGUGCCUCUGCGCCUGCCACUGGGAGUCACUGCUGUCCAACGAGUCGAACCGGAGUGUGAAGGGGAUUUCCAAACUGAAGAUCGAGGCCCUGUACACCCCGGUGACCAGCUACCUGGUCGAGGACAGCCGCGGCUGCCUGCACAACAUCUACAGUCGCUACAAGCAGGCCAGGAGGCACAUGCAGGGCAUCUCCGAGCUCGCGUACCUGCUCCUCCAGCACUACAGCAUCGCCACCACCAGUCGGGAAAGCAUGCCGUGGCCGGCGCACCUGCAGAUGCUGAACUUGGUGGUCAAGUACUGCACGGUGUCGAUUUUGAACUGCGUCCACACGCUGGUCUUGCACCUCUUCGCCGUCACCUUCGCGAUCUGGAUGGUGGCGGCGCUGUACCAGGGAACGCUGUUUGAGACGUUGGAGCAGCUGAACCAGAUCCGGCUGGAAUCGACCCUAGUGAACUUCCUGUGCCUGUUCCUCCAGUUCUCCACCCCGAUCUUCGGCGCCGUGAUCGUGGGCGCGAACUGGAUGGGCGUAAAGGAUUCGCUGGAGGGCUUGUACUGCCCCUUGUACUUUCUGUCGACAAAAACCUCCACGAGGGACGAACUGUAUCAGGACAUGCAGUACGGCGUCGCAACGCCCGACCGGAACGGAAAUUUGGUCAGCGUGGAGCCACUACCAAUGGGGACAGACUUGAAAAUGAUGAAGAAGAAGGGCCUGCAGAUCGUGCCCCUGCAGAGGAAACUCACCUACUGGGGCCAGUUGAAGACCUUCGUGCAGGUAUAUAGUAUGUUGGAACUUUAUUUCAUACUUCGAGCGGGUUGUCGUGCGGCAGUUUUUGUUUCCAUCUUGAAGAUGAAAAAAUACUGCGUAUUCCAUUUAUUUACAGGUUUACACCGACAUCAACGUGAUCGGGCAGCCAACACUUCUGCUAUACGGCACAAUUCCGCUGUUCCAGACGGCAAUCUCGCUUUCGCAGUACGGACACAAAUUCGAUUACAUCGUCGCUGCCAAGCCCGAAGCGCGAAAAAUCGAGUCCGCCACCACCAGCAGCGGGUCGGCUUCUUCGUCCGAAGAGUGCGACAACGUCGUGUAAAUUAUAGCAUGGACAUGUAAACUGCACUUCAUCAUCUGUACCUACUGUGCUCCUUCUCCGUUGACUCCUUCUUCUAUUCAAUCGCGAUACUCCUUCUAUCAUUUAUUUCUGUGUUGACAUCAAUUCCAAUUGUGAUCCUAAACUAGUAUGACAUAUACUCUCCUGUGUUUUACAACUACUGUUCAGUCGAGUUUACGUUAGCAUCAGACAAACGUGAUCAUGUUUUAGCUUCUAUUCUAUUCAUCUAACCUUCACCAGAAGCGGCCUGCUGAAGGUGGUGCAGGUCGUGAGGACCGCGUGCAAUUUGUUGCUGCGGCCUUCUUCUAUCAAUACCAUGCAUUUUUUCAAAGUGUUUACGAACCAGUAUCAAAGAAAGCCCUAUCUGUAGAUCUUUUAGCGGACUAGAGCGGUAGACGUCGUCAGCUUGACGAUCAACUCGAGAGGUACGACUCACCACGACGGCGGCGUCAACUCGUACUAAGUGUCAAUCUGCUGAAGCCUUCUACUCUCCUAGAAAACCACCGACAGCAUCAGUACUCCAAGUUUUGUAUCCUAUCUCGAAGACAAACGUACAAAAUUAACGUACAGUGAAUCUUGUCAAUUUUGAUGAGAAAAACUGCCACGAGCACAAUGUGUGUCGGCAGCACCUCUUUUCUAUACCCUACACUAGUUUGCCAUCCUUAUCGUAACUUUUUACCGACCUAUUUGCAACUCGUGCAGUUGCUCGACCCUUUCGUAGCUUCCGUACCGACCUCUCAACACCGUAUUAAUUGAGUUGUUUACUCGACAUUUACAAUAGCUGCCUUAAGUUUUGAACCCCCGAAAUGGCCGCGUGGUAGUACAAUAGGACAAUGCUGCGAAUGACAUCACGCCCGGCCAAGACGAACCUAGUACUCCCUUGAGAAGUACAGACCCUCUUCGAUGAUAUUUGCAAAAUAAGCAAUAAACGCGUUUGAUUUUUUCUAAAGUUUAUUUGACCGGGAUAAAACAGACCACAAUAUCCGAAGAGAUGAAGUGCCAAUUUUAUUUGGAAAUAUUUUCACGAGCACUACAGCACCUGUAUAUUAUGUUGUUUACAAAAAACGUUCGAAGACGAAAACCUGAUUGGCCCCUGGCGCUCAAGGGAAAUGCUUGAACAUCAACGGGCAAGCCUGCUCGAUCGCUCCUCUCUCUCAAUUGCAACUUGCCUGUGCGCAAUCGCUGUUGAAUGAGUAGAGGGGUGGUCUUCGCGAAAAGACUGCCGAAACAAUUUUGACACCAGGACCACGUUACAAAUCACAACAAUACUGGGAGGAAAACAAAACGACGAUAAGAGUACAGUGCUUCUACUGAACCUCAGCAAUAGACUACUACUAGAGCCUAGUAAUAGCUUGCAGCAGAGCAACUUCCAAAAUUCCUUUCCCUAGUACAGGCCCACAGCUUUGAUACAGUGGCAUCAUUGUGGAAAAGUUGAUGUGUCUUGAACAUCUAGAAAUUCGUUUUGAAUCACAGGGGGCAUGAUAAAUUGAUUCAUAAAUAAACAUGAUUCGAUAAAAGACAUCAAGCUCAGUUACACUGAGUUGGGAGACGAGCACCACUAGACCCCCUCCUAGAAAGCGUUUUCAUCUUCAUCAUAGCGUGAGAAAAAAAACCGUGGUAGAAACAAAUAGUCGUGGUGAAAAUUGAAGGCAAGUGACACUUGAGGCACUACCAUCUUCCUCUUCGAAGAACAUGAUUAUCCGAGAAAAUGACGACUAUAGCAUGAGCAAAAUUACCAGAGAAAUUCCACGGAUCGCUCUCCUAUCUACGCUGCUUAAAAUGUACCUUUGCCUUGAAAUUGAUAGUGUCCUCUCACGAAAACUGGUUGAACCAGAUUUCGUCUGGGUUAUUUUCAAGUGCAACGUCGAUGAAAUAGGAAUGUCUAAAGGCCCUCGAUUCGGAUUUCAAUUUGCAUUUUCAUCCGAUCGAGGUAUCGCAGACUGACGCAUUUUUAAGCAUGAGAAAUAUGAAUCAAUCGAAAUGAAGAAAAAAUCGCAGGCGUUGACGAAGAUGAAGAUGUCUCUUCGAAAUUUGUGGCACGCAUUG